GGGCGACCCACCCGCCCCGGGACCCGCACAGUCCGAGUGGCGGUGGGGACGCGGCCUCAGCGCGGCGAAGGGCGAGAGAGGGAGCGGGCGGCUUCGCGGCCCAUGGGAGCGGGCGGCGCGGCGUGAGCCGGCCGCCGCGAGUGUGCAGGGGCAGACAGGGGUGCGGUAGAUCGGGCAGUGGGGGUGCCCCGUUGCUUGUUACCGCUAUGGAGGUGUGCGAGAGCGGUGGGGAGCAGCCGCCGCUGCUGCACUGGGACCGCAAGCUGAGCGAGCUGUGCGAGCCCGCCGACCCCGAUACCCUGCUGUGCCACACGCACUUCACAGAGUUCCUGGAUGAGUUUUCACCUGAUGUCCUAGGCCAGCUCUUGAAUGAUCCCUUCUUGUCUGAGAAGAAUGAGAUAAUGGAGGUGGAAUUGUCUCCAGCGUCCCCAGCACCUCUCAUCCAGGCAGAACACAGCUACUCCCUCUGUGGGGACUCUCGACCCCAGUCUCCCCUGACUCACAUCUCAGCUGAGGACAACUUUAAUGAAGGUGACCUGGAAAAUGAGGAAUGGUGUCUGGGUACAGAGCUGACUCCAGCAACAAUAAAGACUGAGCCAGCGUUGUGUGAGACAUCAGGCCUGGCCCCCUCAGUCAGUCUCACUGUCACGGCCAUGUCGCUGGACGAGGAACAACCUGAGCUACAGCCAGAUGCCCUGAUGAAACCACUGAACCAGAAAGUUCUUCCAGAGAUUAAAUUGGAGCCCCAUGAAGUGGACCAGUUCCUGAAUCUCUCGUCUAAGGAAGCAAUGGAUCCCCUGCAUUUGCCUCCAACCCCUCCCAGCAGCCAUGGCAGUGACUCUGAAGGAGGGCAGAGCCCAGUUAGAUCACUCCCUCCUUCAAGCCCAAUCCAGCUGCAAGCCACAGCUAAAGUGACAUCUCGCACAGCUUCAGCGCUCUCCAAUUCCCCUCUGCUGACUGCACCACAUAAAUUGCAGGGGACUGGCCCACUCAUCCUGACAGAAGAGGAGAAGAGAACACUGAUAGCAGAGGGGUACCCAAUCCCUACCAAACUACCCUUGACAAAGGCAGAGGAGAAAGUGCUGAAGAAAAUCCGCAGGAAAAUCAAGAACAAGAUCUCUGCCCAGGAAAGUAGAAGAAAAAAGAAAGAGUACAUGGACAGUCUGGAAAAAAAGGUUGAGACUUGCUCAAAUGAAAACAGUGAGCUACGUAAGAAGGUUGAAGUCCUGGAGAAUACCAACAGAACACUUCUGCAGCAGUUGCAGAGACUCCAAGCCAUGGUUGCUGGGAGGGUGUCCCGUUCAUGUAAGGCAGCUAGCACACAGACAGGGACCUGUCUUAUGAUGGUGGUGCUGUGCUUUGCAGUAGUUUUUGGCAGCUUCUCUCAAACCUAUGGGCCAUAUCCUUCAGCUACAAAGAUGGUGUUGCCCAGGCAACAUUCCUCGCCAGAGUCCUACACAGACUCCAUUGUGAGGUCAAGGAGUCUGCUAAUAUAUGAAGAGCCUCACCAACUAGAGGAGUCGUCAAGCCCGAUCUCCUUUGCAGAUCGCAAUGACAGGCAAGCAGACUCCUCAAAAUACACAGCACUCUCCCUGGAAGCCAUGCCUGGGACACAGCAGGAUGAUAUCAUGCAGUUCACAAUAGCCAAUGAGACGAUGCUAGAGAAAUCAGUGUUGCUGGGCCUGCAGCAGCACAGAGUCAACUCCGAGCUAGAAGGAAAUGAAACACUGAAGAUAAUUGAAAUAGAUAGAAGAGUCAAUGCCACCUCUUAAAAAUAAAAAAGCCUGUUAUUUUGACUACCCUCUUUCCCACAUAUUUUCAACCAAAGUCCCCUUGGCUUGUCAUCCCCGGUGAACCAAAGCACAAAAGAGAGGGAGUACAACUUCUUCAUUGACUAGUGAGGCUGUGACUGCAGCUGGGAUCUCUUGUCUUUGUAACUCCCUUCCUCACUUCACACACAGUCGUUGUCUUUGCUUUUGUUCCUCUCCUGGCUGUAAUACUGUAAGGGCAGGAUUGAAUUAUAAUGGCAGAUGAUGCCAGCAGUGUGCCGGUGACUGGUGGGUGGGUGUGUGCCUGCAGCCACACAUCCUAAUCUGAGCACAAAGACAUUCUGUAAAAGAGUGAAAUACCAAAACUGAUGGGAGCAUGUGGGUGACAGGCUUCCUGGGAGAAGGUAACUGAAAGAAAGAGGAGAUGCAGUGUGAUUGUGCCCGUAAUUUAGACACAGCUCCGUGCCUGCUGUUCAACAGCACUUGAACCUUUUGUGGGGACUGAGAAGCAUGAAGCCCUCUACUGAAGGGACAAGAAAGGACCCUGAUACUGCUGAGUUAGCAGCACAGGCACAAGAGGAGUGAGCAAUGAUGCUGCUGAGUUGUUCUCCCCUAGCUCUUUCUCUUCUCCCUUCCAGCCUUUUUAUGCUCCCACCCUCGUGGAAUUCAAGCAAAGAUCAGUUGCUGUCAUGUCACACUUCGUGUGGGAAAAUUACAGUAGUUUAACUAAAUCUGUUUAGAAAGCAGGUUUUGUUAAAUUUAUGCAAUGCUUUGGAUGGAUGUCUUGUAGUCUGCUUAGGGCUAAUUUGUUUAGCUGAAAUCAGUUCCUUCCCAACAAACUAAAUCAGUGUAAGGCUCAAACCAGAAGUGCCUCUUGAGAGGACCAUAUGGAUUUAAUUUAUUGGCUUCCAGAUGCAUUGAUAGAAUUUCUCAUGCAGACCUGGUCUCAGAUUGUUUUAUGUUUUAUUUUCCUUGACAUCUUCCUGUUACUGUUGUAAAUAGUAUUUAUUAGCUUUGCAAAAUUUUAUUCAGCCAGUCACAAUGAAGAGAACUGAGCUUCCCUAACCCUGCAAAUGGUCUGGACAGACUCUGAAAUCAGACACACAUGUAUCACCAAAUACCCACUUCCUCCCCAAGACUUGAAUUGCCCUGAAAUAAAGCCAUGUGUCUUACCUUUUCCUUACCUCCUUUUCCAGAGAUGUGUUAUUAGACCAACUGCUUAGCUGAGAAGAUAAGGGAUAUAGGUAGCCCCAGCUAGGCACAGUUCAGGCCUGGAGGUGGUAGAUACUGCAUUA